AUAAAGUUAUAUGAAUAAAUUAUAUGAAACGAAACGAAAUGACAUGAAAACCGUUCUCAGUAAAAUUGUGGUUAUUUACCAGAGACUUCAGUGGACUUUUUGGAAGAGUCCGUGAGGCCACGUCCGAAGGUUUUGCUUUAUUUACCCACAUUUGUGUACUCUCACACUAAAUCAUAAAUAAUACACUUAAUAAUUAAGAUGCUAAACAGUUAAUAUGCCACCGUUAUUACAUUUAAAUCCGAAUAAAAACUAAAUUAUCAAAAUAAAACAAAACAUACAAAUGCUAUCCUCAUAUUCCCGCCAAAAAGUCCGUACGUCUAUUAACUUUUUCUUGGGAUUUUAUGACCUGGUAACUAAGAUCUUUAAGUCAUGUCUUAUUUUUAUUUAUAUUCUUAUAUUUAUAAAAAAUGAUAAUAUGGAGUGAAAUGAAAUCAAAUGUCAUUAAUCAACUGGGAUGAAAUAAAAUAAAAUGAGAUGAGAUGAAAUGAUAUGGGAUGAAAUAUACUCUCAGUAUAAUGGUGGUUAUUUACUGAGACUUUAGUGCACUUUUUUUUAGACGAUCCCGAGAAGUUUCGUCCAGCAGCUUUGUUUUAUUUUCCUACAUUUGUGCACGUUCACAGAUACCAAACAGUCAAAAAAUCACCAUUAUUACGCAUUUAAACCUGAAGAAACACUAAAUAGACAAAACUGCCUCACUCACUCCUCGCGCUCUCGCCAAAAAGUCCCAAAAUGAUUACAUAAGUACUAAUAUAUCUUCUAAUUUGGCGGUCGAUUGCGCUUUAUGUACUGCCACGGUUUAUUUAAGCAAAAAAUAAGGUUUUACGUUCAGAUUUCAUUUCACACUAAUGACAUUUAACCUUCAAGUUUCCAAAACGAUUUUCGAAUUGCCAGAAUAGAUUUUAAUAAAUUAAUUAAUAAUUAAUGCUUCCCCCGUAUUUGUGCACAUUUCCGUAAUUAAUAUACCAUUGAAAUAUAGAGCUAAACCUGUCUUUUUUAAUCCACAGUCAGAUGAAAGUUCUCAUGGCCUACCUGUGGUUACUGGAGCUGCUCAUCCAAAUACUAUAAUACCCAUUGUAUCUUUACAUUAAUUGAAAUCUUCUGUCUCUCAUUGCUCGGUUUACACCUUCAUUAUCAUAGAUAGCAUAAUGAGUAGUUGUACCCACUUAAACAACACUAGAUUAGGCCGAAAUGCUAGUCUAUACCUUACAGGGUAUUCUCAUUUCAGUUGUGUUGUUACCAACAUUGUAAAUCAACAUAGGCUUGAAAGUAUUGUAACCCCAGCCCUGAAUUUGUUACUAAAAAAACAAGCAAAUGUCAAAGAUGCUAAAACAGAAAACAAAUUUCCACAAAAAAAUUAAAAUUAAUGGAUUUCUGAAUGAAAUUAACUCAGAAUGUCGAAUAAGAAAUACGGAGAAUGCAGGUGUUGUUCAGCAAAAGGCAAACACAGAGAUAUUACGAAGGAAUAUUAUCACAAUGGUCUAAGAGAAGUGUUCAUUGACAAUUUUAUCGACUGCUUCAAUUUAUUUUUAUCAACUCACAAACAGCUGACAACAUUAAUUUGUUCGAGUUGUGUAUCAAGGCUCCGGGAUGCAUGUUGCUUCAGGAACCUAGUCGUAAAUACAGAACGGAAACUUCUAGAAGCUGUUGGAGGUCAGGGGCAGCCUGUCUUUGUCAAUGUUCCAGUCGAUGAAUCGUCACCAGACACAGAGUUUGAUAUAAAGGUAGAACAAAACAGUGACAUAAAGGAGGAGCCUCAGGACUCAGAUGAUGAACUCCUCGGCCUAGAUAAUACUGUUGAUGACGAUUAUGAUAUCGACUUGGAUGUGAGAGAGGAUCUGGUGGAGGGCGAGGAAGAGUUACUGGCUCGGUUCAGGAGCGAAGUUCUAGAUCCACUUCCUACUAGGCACACUUUAAGACAGAUAUGUCCUAAUUACGCCAGACAUUUGGAUUUGCUCAAGGGAAUAACGGUAUUCCCUAGGACGUUAAAGAAACUACUCAAAGAGAAUGAGAGCAGGCGUCCCAUGAUCGCCGGCAAUGUCUACAUAACCGAGAAAGUGGCUCAGGUCGUCAACGCGACCACACUCUUAAAAUAUUCGAACAUGACGCCCUUCAAAAGCAGAGGCCGGAAGGGAUUCUUGUGUUUCUAUUGUCCGAAUAUAUUCGAGAGCGCAACAAAACUCCGCGAGCACACCUCCGAACACGACAAGGAACUGAUUAACGGCAUCCUGAAGACGUACAUCACGGAGAGUUUGGUCGUGAACGUGGACGUUACCGAUUUGGCCUGCACCAUAUGCGGUCAGUUUUUGAAGAGCCUGAACGAGAUGAAAUCGCAUCUGACCGGCGUUCACAAGAUGAAAUACUACAGCGAAUUCACGGAUCGCUUGAUACCGUUCAAGUUGGACGUGAACAUGUUUGUGUGUCAGGUUUGCGAAUGUAAUUUCGAGACUUUCGGCGCGAUCGAGCGUCACAUGAACGUUCAUUACCGGAAUUAUAUAUGUAAAGAGUGCGGCACGGGUUUCGUGACGAGGGCCAGACUAAAAGUGCACUUCGGGAACACGCACGUCGGCGGGGCGUUCCCCUGCGAGAUGUGCGGAAAAAUGUUCGUAACGCAACUCCGACUGAAGAAUCAUAUCAAUUCUGUACACAAAAUGGUGAAGAGGUUCCGCUGCAAUAAAUGCUCGGAGCGGUUCACGGAGUACGUUUAUAGGCAGAAGCAUCUGGAAGAUGUCCACGGGGUGCCAAGCAUCAAGUACAAAUGUAAUGUCUGCGAAAAAUCGUUCAGUCGACGCUACAAUCUCUCGAUGCACAUGAAGAGGGAUCAUUUGGAGGAGAAGAAUUUUCAGUGCGAGCUGUGCCCCUAUAAAUGUUUCUCGAAUAAACAGUUGAGUAUGCACAUGAUAAAGCACAACGGGGAGAAGAUUUACGAGUGUUCGGUCUGUAAAAAAUCGUAUGCCCGCAAGAAGACUUUGAGUGAACAUAUGAAGAUCCACAAUAAUGACCGCAGGUUCGCGUGCGCAGUCUGCGGCCAGGCUUUUGUGCAGAAAUGCAGCUUAAAGGGACACAUGAAGACGCACCAUCUCGAAUAUAAUUUAGCAUAAUAAAUACAUUUGGAAAUUG